GUUCCACUGGUAGACAGAGUGUCAGCUCCAGUUCCCUUUGUUCCCUUUGUUCUUCCCUUUGUCUCCUCUUUGUGCCCUUUGGUUGAUCUUUUGUCUCCUCCACUGUCAGUGCGGCACAUUUACACCCACACACCCACACGCAUCACCAGCAACAGAACACAGGUCCCUCCCUGCCUCCCGAUCGAGCGAUCUCCCCUUCUCCACGUAGCCACGUCUGCGAGCAGACCAUCGCAGCUCUCUGAAAGGAGAACACGCACUCGGGGUUUGAUCGCAUUCGCUACUGCAUCUCCCCAACUCGACUGAAUCCCAACCUGUGCGUCCAUCAACACAGAGCAGGCAGCGUGAAACCCUUCGACUGCCGUGCUCCCCCAUUCCUCCAGCAUGGCGCAGACGUGGGUGUCUGGCCUUCCAGAGGACCUGCAAGGUUUCUUUGCACGCACGGUGGAGACCUCAGCUAGUGCGCCCCUGACAGACCAAGACGACCCAGCUUCGCUGCUGGAAACACUCCAGAAGCGCAUCGUGCCUGAAGUUCUGCCGUGCACAGAAGAAGCCACUGGAAGCCAGGAGCAACCAACAGGCAAACAACUGGCUUUCACGAAGGAAGAAGUGGCACAGGUGGAGCGGGCAUUCAACGCCGUUUGUGGCAGUGGCGAUGACAGGCCCGCUGUGGCUGUGUGCUGGCUCCCCAAGUAUGGCUGUGCCUUGCUGCAAACCAACUCCAUCGGCUUCCACGCCGAAAAAACCACAACACUCCAAGUCCUGGCCGCAGACGGUUACGAGUUUUACACGCACACGCAGCGCAACAGCGGCAACGUCACGUUCAAGUCUUGCCCACAAGGCAUGCCGCGCGUACUCGACGCUGGCGACGUGCCAACAAGUUCUCUGCCAGCUGUGAUGGGGACGUUCCACAAGGCGUUGGAAGAGGCUGCUGCCAAAGAGAACAAGCGCCAAGUGCCCAGAAGGGGCGACGUGAAAAAGCACCACCGCACCCCGGGCUUUGUGCAUGCUGUCCUCCACUCAGUUGUCAACAGCCAUGAUGAGCGCAGCUUUAAUGCUGGGGUGGACCACGGCGGGUUCACGGACGUUGGCCACCACACGGGCUGCUCGCGCCCUGCCACAAGCUGGCCGCUCGUGCUGGCUCUCAUUCGCCACUUCAUCGUCAGCCCAACGCUGGUGGAUGCUGACUGCUGCACCACUCGCCCAUCCCCGCCGCCACCAGCGGACGCUGCAGAGCACAUUGCAGAUCGGUUUGACGCGUUCGUCCACCUCUGGUGCUUGCAGCAGCUCGUCAACGCGUGCGUGGCCUCAGACGAUAUGAAGCAGCCAAAGCUCAGCACUGCACCCAUAGCGCCCCCGCCAGCGCUUCAUCCUGACGUCGUCAACACGGUGUUUGAGCUGGCCCAGACAGUUGCGCAGAAAGGAUCCGCGCUCGCUACAAACCAGGCAGCCAUGCAGCACACACCCAGCUACCGCGACAGCAUUGACUGCCUGCUCACGACACACGACGAGACCAUGAACAAGUUCACCACGUUUGUCAACGAUCAAUGGGAGGCAAACGCCCGUCAGUGGCGCCUGCCAGCACCAACAACAAGGACUGACGCCACUCGCACAUCCGCCAAGCGAUGGCGUGACUGCAAGCAGGCGCUCGCACACCCGCAGUUGGAUACACCCGCACCCAUUCCCAACCGCAAUACAGAGCCGCCCUCGCUGCAAGAAUUGCGACAGCAAGCAAACAACAACAUCAACAGCUUCUCCUUGCCACCGUUGAUGGACCACCAGCAAGCACAGCCACUGCAGCACAGAGUGCAGGAACUACACCAUUGGCUGCCUUCUAUGCCCGACACGCCAAGCGAGCACAACAUGGCACAUUUUCUCUCAGCACUGGCGGAAACGGAGUACCUGUUCUUCGAGCUUAUCGAGGCGUAUCUCACGCCUCCAGGCAACGACGUCGAUGUGUCGCCUUCCGCACCAUGCAACUUGAACAGUAAGCACGCCACGCGCCUUGCAGAGAUCGUACAGAGGUAUCUCUCCAUCUCCACCAGCGUCUCAGACCGGAUCUCCAAACUCAAGUCCCGAGCGAAGAUGGCGACGCCACGGCUGCUGACGGAGCUCGACAGCCUUCGCGUGCUCCUCAGCUGGGCCCUGCCUUGCCUGGUGUACCGCAUAGCCGACGCCGCCAUGCCCGAGCUCAAGAUGCUUGAAGAUUUUCGCUUGCCUCUCGAUCGCCGCCAGCUGCAGUUUCUCGUGCUCACGGAGCGACGAGCUGUGGACGCCCUCCUCACCCUCUCUGCGUUUUUGGAUCGGCAUGCUGACGUCACAAACACGCGUGGUGCUCGUUCACAGCACCUCCUUUUCACGCAUUUGGAUAAGUUCCGCGGCACCGAGGCUCUGGCCGGGAGGUUUUGCGACGAGUAUGGCCAGAAAGGCAGCCCUUUGCACGGAACACCCCUGUCUAUUGACAAGAUCUGGCAGCAAGAGCACGAGAAAGAGCUUGCCCUGAGACAGGAGUAUGGGGAAAAGGUGGAUGCCAAGAAAGCCGAGGUGGCUCGCUUGGACCGAGAGAUCGCAGAGCUCACGUCAGAGAUUGAUAGGCUGCAGAGGCAGAUGUCCGGCAGGGAAUACACGACCCGCUACCGCUCCGAUCUGCGGAACGACGAUGAGUAUCAGGGAUGGAAGGAAACAAAGAGUCAGAAGGAAUUUCAGAAGCAACGGCGGGAGAGCGAGUUGAAGGGCGCGUUGAAGCCGCCUGACGCCAUUUGCUUCGCCCUUCCUCGUAACGAAGCCGACGCACGGAAGGCCCUCUUCUUCAACUUUAUGCCAAAGUGCCUGCACCUGCUGUUCGGCACAAUCAUCAACGCCCUCCAGCAGCUGUCACCAAAAAAAGCAGAUCUUGUUUCACCGGCAAUCAAGAAGCGCCUGCCUCAACUUGAGGAGUACCAUUCCUACUUCAAUUCGUACAAGCGCCGAAAGCACUCAACAACGCCAGAUGCGACACCACCCAGGGUCACGUUUGGACCAUUGCAGAUUCACCUGACUUACGGCUGGAGAGGCAAGGAGGAGUUCGAGACGCUCAGUGACCGUGGUCAAGCACCUGGCACCGUCCGCAGCUAUCCACACACAUCUGAUCGCAGUGGCGCAUAUGACUGCAAGGGGCUGGUCCACGUGGACGGCAUCACGCUCAGUCAGAAUACGUGUGUCAACGCAGCAGAGCCAGAAGAGCUGAUGAAGCGGUUCACCUAUCACAGCAUCAAGGCCAUGACCAAACUCAGCAAGCGACAGUGGCUGCUUCAGCUGGAUUCGUCAACAACAACCGACCUAAAACGUGAUCCUCACGCCUGCCGGUCUUCGAGUCGCGGCUACAAUGCACUCAACCGCAGCCACAUCGACAAGCCGUCAACCAUGUCGCACCAGGCGUUCUUGCAGUUGGGCGGCCUGCGUGCGUUCCCACGACAGCAACUGCGCCAGCUCUGCAUCGCCCUGACCGAGAACAGGCUGUCGCUUGAUGAUGUGCUGGUGCAGCAUGUGGUGCGCCAGCUGAUGUAUGAGGUGGGCGGUAUUGAACGCAGCGAUGUGGCAAGCGAGGGCCACAGUGGCAUGUGCCUCACGUGGAAGCGUGACUUCUUCGUUGGAGAUCUGCGCGACGUGCUGGCGGCCAAGCUUCAGGCAUACGCUGAGAGUAUUGAGCUGUCGCCACGGCGGUUCAAGGAGCUGAGGCUGCUUGGGGAGCUGGCAGCUUUUGUGGCCAGCUACGACACUGACGAUGGGUGCGAAACACAGGCAAGCAGCGACAGUGCAACGUGCAUGGAUACCGUCCGGCACUUUGCUCGGGCUGCAACAAGAUGGGCAGAGCAGCUGCGAGUGAAGAUGGAAAACAUACGCCAAGCAGGCGCAGCUGUAACCGAACAGGAACGAGCGGAAGAGAAGUUGCAGCUGCGCGACAUGGGCGUCCGUCGUUGUCUCAUGCUGCAGCUGGCCCUGCUGUGCUACGCCGGCGGGCACCUGACGCAAGAGGAUGUUAAAACCAUGUGUAAGCUCAUCGUCCUGAUCAAGGCUGCCCGACCAACACACAAAGGCGGAGAGUCUUCGCAGUCACCAGGCCAGAGCAAACUCGGCGCCAGCGUGGAGCAACUUGAGCUUGAGGAGGCCCGGCUGUGGGAGGCAUGCCUGAACGUGACAGCCCGCCGGCUCGGCUCCAUCUUCAGGCAUCUGGUGGAACCCGCCACCAGCGAACCCGCCAUCAGCGACAUCACUGAUGGUGGUCACCACUGCCUGACAGCGGCUGUGCAGGCUAUUUUCACGUCAGCGCCAUGUGGUCUGCGCUGGGAGUUCGAGCACAAUACGGCCUGCUUCCACGCCUCAUAUGAGCGUGACGGUGCACCUCACCUCUACUCCAUCAAUGUGGUGACAGGGGAGGUCUUGUACGACGGGCUGCCACCACAACGCCUCCCCGAGACGAUGGUCAAUGACGAAAUAUACAAACGUGUCUUUGGUGAACGCAAUUUCGUCGUCGUGAGGAGUGGCGCCAGCAUGUUUGAGACAACUGACGUCAUCAACCAUCGCCUGUACGUGUUCCACCAAAACCCACGAGAUCACGCCCUCGCAGCGGUUGAGGAGGUCCGAGAAGACGAGUUCCAUUUGAGCAAGGAGGAGCAACGUUGGACGCUCGAGCUUGUCCCGGCCACGGCAGAUCUCACAUCUCAGCUGCCUGUCUGCCUCCAACAGCUACACACGGCUUGGUACUGCCGCGCGCAAGGCGUUCUGGUGCUGCGCAACCACUUCUUCCUCGACAAAGCUGUUUACUUCAUUCUCGUGCGAAACAGCGAACCGACUGAGGACACUGCCACGUGUCCUUGGACGUGCUUCCGCAUUCCCGCCAACAAGCGGCUGACGCCUUGGCACGAGCUGUUUGAUGGAAUCUCAGCUGGGGGUUGUGACAACAGCAUCGUCAGCAGCAGCAGUGGCAACAGCGGCAGCGGCAGCAGUGGCAGCGCUUCCUUUGAUCGGCUCAUGCAUGUCAGUAGCAAACCACCAGAUGCCGACGCGAACGACAACAACGAUGGUGGAGGCACAGCAGAGGCGAUUCUUCGUGCGCUGGCCAAGUUUGAAGACCGACAGUACAUUCACGUGCUUCACCAGCCGUCCCAAAACGAUGCCGUCGUCUUUGAGCUGCCACGCUUCCGGCUGUCGUUCAAGCUGGACAAGAACACCGGCGAGCUGGACUCGUGUGACUACAAGCACUACCGCCUCGCCCGCCAACAGCUGUGGCACGACACGCUGCGCGGCUUUGUGCGGUACUUGGUGCUCGAGCUGGACGAAGAAGCAGUGGCGAAGGAUGGCGGGCUUGUGCACACGAGCGAUCCCAAGCACAAGCUGCUGGUCCCCGAUGGCGGAGUGAAGUUCAUGCUCUUUGGCCACGCUGUCGCUCAGGGUAAUGCUGGUGUUGCGGAUUCUUUCAACACAAGCAGUGAAGAUGAGAAAAUGAGCACCACCCCUUGGACGCGGUCUGCGUUCGCCAGUCUUACACUCCUGAGCCACGAAUGCGACAGCAAGCAGGACCAUUUUGCGUUUGAUGAGCACCAUCGAUUCAAGCAGCUGCAGGCCACAACUAUCUGGGGUCGCCUCCACCUGGCUGCUCUGUACGCCGCCACGAGCACGCUCAUGCCGGAACCACGGCAGAGCAUGACGGGCUUUGAGAACGCCAUGUCGCUUGUGCGGCGGAGCGUUGUGGACCGACCCCUGAACGAGGACGAGAAAGAAACACUGGGAAACGUCAUGCACCUGGCGCCACUCGCACCAGGCCUCGCCAUCGCUUGCCAUCUGAUGUGGAAGCGCAGUCGGCAGUUGCUGUUUCUUUACCCAGACGCUCCUGAAGCUGAGAAGACACAAGACCGACCCCAAGAAGAGGAGUGUGUCGCAUUUGACGAUCGCUUGCUGGUGGCUUACAGGAGUCAAGUUGAAGCAGGGCUCGUGAACCCUCGACUGCAGCUUAGCAACGCAGAGGCCCGCCUCGUGUUUGGACACAGCGCGCCCCGUGCACGACAGCACCGCGUUGUGUUACAGGCAGAAGAGCCUGGCGACCGACGGGCACAUGCAGUUGACAGUCUUGUGCAGGAGAUCUCGCAAGAUGAAGAGACAUUGAAGCAGCUUACCUGCGAGGCAAAGAAAGUGAAGAAGAGCAAGAAGAAAGGUCGUUCUGCGAACCUGCUUGACAAGUGCAAGCUGCCUUCGACGGAGAUGGCAGAGACGCAUGUCAGCAACCUUGAACAGAGCUGUAAAUUGCACGCCAAGUCGAAGCAGUACACGCUGGCGGCGCCUGCACCCCAGAUCAAGGCUGAUGUGAAGGGCAUGUUGGAUAAGUUGUGCACUCGGAAGCACAGAAUUGAGAAGUCGCUGAGGGCCACGCUGAGCAUCUCAGCCAAGGCAGCCAACAAGCGUGAGUGCUUGCACCAGUGGCGCGCGUUCAACGCCGGCCGUUGUGCAAACCUUGCACCGCUCAUGACGAUGCGGGAUCUCGUGGUUCUGUGCGCCAACGCACACGAACACGAUGUGGAGUUCCUGUUGGACAUGAACCCGUUUCUCACGCGAUCAGAGUGCUCCAAAGUCAAAGCCGCCACUGUCAUGUGGAUGCAGUUGUGUGUGCUGGAGGACAGGUUGCGGCGCAUCCUCGCCUACCUGGAGCAGCUGCUGAGCACAGACAUCGACGCCACUGAGAAGAAAGGUAUUGAGACACUGCUGGUGCAGGAGCUACGAUGCAAACGCACUUGGGACGCAAAGGCACAUCCGUACUGGCUGGCAUUUGAGGUGGACGGCGGGAUCCAGAUUCGCCCCAAACAGUACCGCGUCGCAAAGGAGAUGAUGGACGGUAGCAAGCGCAACAAGGGCGUCAUCAUGCAACUUAACAUGGGCGAGGGCAAGACAAGGGUCAUCGUUCCCAUGCUGCUGCUGCACCAGUCGCUUCAAAAUCGGCAGACCAGGUCCGCUGACAGCGCUGGACACGUGCCCCGCGUGUUCUUCCUGCCGCAGCUUGAGCACCAAGCGUUUGAGGACCUGCAUCGCUACCUGUGUGCCGGCGCCAUCUCAUACCGCUUGCUGCGACUGCCGUUCCAUCGACACAUGCAAGUGACACCGGAGAACCUGGGCGUGCUGUGCAGCGUGCUGGAAACUGCGGCGCGAACAGAACCGUUUGCCGUCGUCACGACACCGUCCGCAUACCUUUCCCUGCAGUUGAAGAAGGACGAGCUGCAGCUGUGUCCGAGCGCUGCAACACGGGCUUUCAACGAUGUCUACCCGGGAGGCAGCUCAGAGCGCUCGGGAGGUACUGGAAGCACUGGCCGCCAAAUCUCACGUGGUGAUGAAGAUCAGCAGCGGUUUGUUGAGAAGAGCGUUGCGGGGCUGACGCGUGUUCUUCAUGGGCUGCCGUACGUUCACAUCUAUGAUGAGAGCGACGAGAUUCUGCGCCACACGUUUCAGCUCAUCUAUGCCGCUGGAGACAGCACGCCUCUACCCGAUGCACAACAUCGCGUGCGUGUCACACAAGCCUUGUUGCGGGUGCUGCACAACUGCAAGGAGGUCUCGACGCCAUUCAACCAACCUACCGAAGCUGCGCAAGCAUCGCCGUCGAAGGCAGCCAAAACGAAGGGGAAGGUGAAGGUGAAGAAAGGCGGGAUGCCAAAGGCAGCAGAUUUCGAGCGCGGCAGCCAACGUCAACCGACUGCACGCCAGCAUGUGUUUUGUGAAACAGCCCACCAAAACGUGCUAUCUUGGCACUCAUCAGGCUGUGCAGGCGGCUGGAAUGCCCUGCAGCUGAUAUCCGGCAAGUCACUCACCAAGGCUUUGCCGGUGAUGCACAAGGAGGUGGUGCGACGGCUGCUCGACAACCCGCCAGAGGAACUGGACUGGAUGCGGGAGUUGACGCACCACGAGAGGGCGUGUGUGAUUGCCUUCGCCACCACUGCUGAAAUGGGAUGGGAGCAGUUCCUCGCCCGAUUUUCGCAACCACCAAAGCCAAAGCAGAAACGCCAAGGCCGCCCAGACGAGGCGUCAGGAACGUCAUCUAAUGUGAAGAAAACCUUUGCCAUGGCGGCGCAACGUCAACAUCACGCGCCCAAACUGCAUGGGAGGACUCCAUCCGAAUCUCGCGAAGCCUUGGUCCCUGACGACGCCACGGAUGCUGACACCACAGAAGUACCAACGGAUGAUACGCGGCAAGAGUGGAUCCAGCACCACAAGCUGGACAUCCUCGCCCUACGCGGGCUGUUGAGCACGGGGAAGCUGUUUGCAACGUUGCAGAAGCGCCACCGUGUUCACUUUGGGAUUGCUGAGAGGCGAAACAAGCGUGUCGCUGUUCCGUUUCGCGCCAACGACACGCCAUCAGAGCGAGCCGAGUUUGUGGACAUUGAAACCAACGUCUGCUUGACGCACAUCUCCUUUCUACAGCGCGGGCUCCAAGAGCACGAGCUUCGAGAAGCUGUGAAGAAACUUCUUGAGCUGCCACAGCCACAGCGUGAGCUGCACUACAAUCGCUGGUUUGCAGGAAGCAAGUCAAAGAUGGAAGAGGAGGACGCAAAGCACGCUAAGCACGCUCGGAACACAAAACAUGCCGAGGACGCGAAGGACGCUGAGAAUGCGACGUAUUCAAAGCACGUGCAGCUGCUGGACAGAGAAUCGAAGCUGGACUUGUCAAGCGCAGAGCAAUGGCAGUUGUUGCGAAAGUACUACUCUGGCAACAUGGAGACCGUGUUCUUCUGGGUCAACGCUGUUGUGAUGCAGGAAGACAUGCGGCAGUACCCAUCUCGCCUCACCAAGACACCGUGGAGCAUCACAGACACUGACCGCGAGUGGCCUGCACAUGACAGCCCACCCAGUGACCGCGUCCACCGCCAGUGCGGGUUCUCUGGCACAAACGACAACAACAUGCUGCUGCCCUCGCACGUCGCACCUUUGGACUUGUCUCAUAGCACAAGUCUUGACGAGCAUUUGCGUGAGGUUGCAGCAACCAACGGCAAGAUGGUUAGCUGCUUGCUGAGCGACGUUGUCGGUAUUGAGGUGGUGUCUGGCAACCCUGACGUGGACAUGUGGGAGGCGGUGCUGGAUCAAGCGCUGGAGCUGAAGGUGGACGCCAUCAUUGAUGCGGGCGCACUCCUAGCGGGGGUCAACAACAACCACGUCGUGGACAAGCUGCUGGAGAAGCUCCAAGAAAAGCAGCUGCAAGGGACCGCAGUGCCGACUGCAGUUGCAUACUCUGAGCGUGGCGAUCAAGAGGGCGUCGCUUGGUACUUGAAGAGCUGCCACGGCGAGAAGUGGCCCAGGGCGAGUGCCCCCAUCCGCGAGCGAGACGCGCUGGUUCUCUUUGACCAGCAUCAAUGUCGUGGCGCAGACUUGAAGCUGAAGCAAACCGCAACGGCAGCACUGACCAUCAGCCCUGGCCUCAGCAAGGAUGCCCUGAUGCAAGCCGCUGGUCGGCUGCGUCAGCUUGGCCGCGGACAGAAGAUUGUGCUGCUGCUCAGCAAGCAAGCAGAGCAGCUGGUCCGGGAGAGCCAGCUUGGAGCGCAAGGCAACGCCUCUUCAGGUGCUGCUAAGAAGGGCAGCAGUCAGUCAAUCGAGACAGCGCAUGUGUUGCAGUGGAUUGUGAGCAACACGAUCGCAGCGAGCCAGAAUCACCUGACAUUGUGGGCGGCACAAGGAACUGCGUUUGGCGCAACCAAGCGCGUCCCAAAUCUCACCAAGCAGCCAGAAAAGCUUGGCCUGGAGGUUUUGUACGAGUGUGCGCGAAUUGCCGAGCCAACGGCCAAAUUGAUGCAAAAGCUGAGAGCUGAUAUCGUGGGAGAUGCAGCGACUGAAACAGUCGCAGACGAAGGCAGUGAUCCCAUUUUCACUCAAAUACUGGACCUCUGUGAGGUGUUUGGCGUCAGAGAAGUCGAGGCUGGUGCCGCUGACCAGGAGUGCGAACGCGAGCUGGAGCGUGUGCGAGAGCAGGAGCAAGAAAAGCAGUCUGAGAAGCCCCAAGCCAUUUCCACGAUCGAAGAGCCAUGGAAGUUUGAGUGUGUGCUGCGACAGCCCGACCCAAGCGUGCACGUGCUUGGGUUUUUGACGCUGCAGAGUAUUCUUGAUGAACGACUGCAGACCAUUGCCUGGGCCGACGUUGGUGUCCCCAUUUACUGCACGUGCAAUUAUGCACGGCCUUCAGUGAGGUCUGCUUGGUACCGACGCUUGGACGGUGAUGAAGCGCCGCUGCCACCGGAGCUGUUGCCGGUCGACAUGCUGUUGGUGUACCCCAACAAGCGCGGUGUUGUCAUUCUGACGCAAUAUGAUGCAGAGCACCUCGUGCGUAUCUACCAAGCUGAGGAAUUGUGGGGUGCAGUGGACCCCAAGGUCGGGGCGUCAGCACGGCACAAGCGUCACUACACAGAGGUGCCUGCGCUUAUCCAUCUUUCUCAACUGCAAAUGAGCGAGAAUGAAGCCGUUCCUGGUGUGUUAUCCUUGAACAUUCAAACAGAGCCGGCAGACCGUGAGCGAUAUGCAUUGCCCAUUGCAGCUGUGGCCGCACUGCGGUUGCUCAACGGAGACACGCAAUUCAACGGCAUUGACGGCAAGCCUCAUGAGGGGAUGAAGAAGGAAGUGGACGAAAUUCUCCUCCCAACGGCAGAGUCGCGCAAGCAUGCCUUGCUGCUCCCACAACUUCAUCAACUUUCUCACACAAUCGAUCAGAGCGAGCUCGAGCGCAUCUGCAAGCGGAUGCCUCGCACAGCAGAGUGAAACACUGACGUUGGGUUGUUGCUGCUGGUUGUGGUGCCGUGUGUGUGUGUGGGGGGGGGGGUUGGGGCGCCUUUUUG